AUGCAAAUAUUUUCAAAAAAAUUAAAACAACAAAAUACUCAAGUUCCUUGGUCUCAGAGAAAACUUUCCCUAUCGAACCUUCUUCCAAGACAUGGUCAUUCUACAAAUCAGAGUGGGGUAAAUGACGAAUUAUGUAUCUUUGGUGGUAUUUAUAAAGGAGGCGCAACUAAUGAUGUAUUUAUAUUAGAAACUAAUACAUUCAAUGUUACUGGAUUAACGACAACUGGAGACAUUCCACCGCCUCGGAGUUUACAUACACAAGUUAAUAUUGGAAAUAACAUGAUCGUUAAGAAACAAUGGUAUAAACCACCUAUGCAAGAUCCAAAGGUGAUUGGCCGAUUUGGUCAUUCGGCGACCGUGAUCGGAUCAAAAAUGUACAUCUUUGGUGGACAGUCUGAUGGUCGUCUCUUGAACGAUCUGGUCGUAUUUGACCUGCAAACGCUUAGUUCUGGUGUAGCCCGGUGGGAAUUUAUUGUCCCAUUAAAUGAUUCACCAGUAGGCAGAACAGGUCACACCAUGUGCGCAUACAAUAACAAACUUUUCGUCUUUGGCGGUACGGACGGUGAGAGAUAUAAUAGCGAUACAUGGUGUUAUGACACACAAACAAAUAAGUGGAAUGAUUUAUCAUGUAUUGGCUAUCUUCCAGCUCCAAGAGAAAAUCAUGGAGUUGCUAUCAUAGAAGACGUUAUGUAUAUUUUUGGUGGGAAGGGACAGGAUGGUUUAGAUUUAAGCGAUCUAGGAGCGCUCAAACUUUCCAAUCAACGAUGGUACAUGUUCUCUAAAAUGGGAAUACCACCAAGUCCUAGGAGGUUUCACGCAAUGACGGCUAGCCGGGAAAAAGUUUUAAUUUUUGGUGGGGAUUGUCUACAAAUUUCAAAACCAGAUGAAGAUGGCACUAUUAAUAUAUUAGAUACAUCUAAAAUAAAGUAUCCAACUUCUCCGUCAAAUUCGACAAAAUCAUCACAAAUAACAACACAAAAAUCACAACAAGCACAACAAAUAAGGUCAAUACCGCAACAACUUCAGACAGGAUAUUCACCACCAUCGCAAAGAAGUCAAAGUUCUUUAAAUUCUCCAGUGCCCUCACCAAGGGCCAUGCCUGAUAAUAUGAAUGUGAGUAAUUCAUCCCCACGUAUGGGCCCUCAGGUGGGAGGUGGUAGUCCAAAAUUUCCAAAAAAAACACAAAAUGGCUCUCCAAGGUUACCACCAGAUAUGGUGGAUCCAAAUAAUAAUGCACAAGCGGGAAAUAAUUUAUCGUCAAGAGGUAGAUCGAAUUCCUCAGAACAAAGGUAUAAUAAUUAUAAUAAUGUUAUGGAAGGUGGUGAUAAUCGUUCGUUAUCGCCACCACUCGGAAAAAAACAAAGCUUUGAAAGUCUUCGUAAACAGACCCCUUCACCUACGGAGGGAAGAAGAGAACAAUUCCGUGAAGGAAAUAAAAAUGCGACGAACUUAGCAAUGCAUAUGGCUGGUGCAACCGGAGAUUUUCAAAAUCCACGUCAGGCUCCACGUCCUCCAAAUUCUAAUUCAUCCAGCAAGAAAAUUCCUCGGAGCAAUAAUUCGUCACCAUCGCCGUUAGCGAUAAACACAAAACAAUUACCAGAUAAUUCAAUUUUGUAUGGUGGCGGAAGUACAAUAUCACCGAGUUCAUCAUCCACAAUUAGUCAGAAUAGUUUGAAAUCUCCUACAUUUGAUGCCCUUGAACAUUUCCCGGCCCCUGUGUCAAACACGGAGAGAGAUAAUUUCUUGCGUGAAUUACAACAAAGAGACGUGCAAAUAUCUCAAAUUAAAAAGCGGGAAAAUUGGUUGAAACUUGAACUCGCUCUUGCUAAAAAAUCUGGUUACACUCCCGAUAAUCGUAAUAGUGGUGUACCCGAAGGAAUUGACUCUGAAAAAAUCAUGGACAUUGGUGAAAACGGUUCUGAUCGUUUUAAGAUUAUGUCGGCGGUUUUCAAAAUAAGACAAGAGUUAAGAAGAGAAAAGGCAACGAUUGCGAAUCAAGCUCAAGCUGCUUCACACAAAAUAACGGAUGCAGAACGUGCGAGAACCGCAGCUCUUCAAGAGGCUGCUUAUUUUAAAGCAAAACUAACAGCUUUGGUAAAUGCUUCAGAAUCAGAUCUCGCUAGCAUUGAAGUUAAGCGUGCAAAAGAUUUAGAGAAACGGUUGACACAAGCUCUUUCGGAAAAAGAGUCGUUACAAAAUAAGUUAUUUCAAUUGCAGCAAGUUUCAGGUUAUGAUAAAAUAUCUCGAGAAGCGGCUGAAGAACGUUCAAAAUCAGCUACUUCGAGGGCCGAAGAAGCGGAAGAGGCUCACGCACGAGCAUUGGCGGAAUUGGCCACAUUGCAUUCUCGUGCCACGAUGGCCGAAGCUCAAUUAAGAGAAAAUAGCACACGUUUAGCUGAAGCUACAUCAGAACUUUCACAGUACCAUUCAACUUCUAACAAUUCACGCAAUAAAAUUGAUCAGCUACAACAGUCACUUGAGCAACAUCAAAGAGCUUUGGAAAAGGCCAAUAAUGCCCUUUUGGCCGCGAAUGAACGAGCGGGUGAAGUGGAAUCAUUAUGGAGACAAUCCCGCCAAGAUUUUGUUGGUUUAGAGAAAGAAGCAGCAAGGCUAAGGGCUGAUUUAGAUAUCAGAAUGACAGAUUUAGAUCGUGCCCACGCGAGAGCCAAUGAAAUGGAAAGGUUGUUGGGGAAAUCUCAAAAAGAAGUUGAUGCAGUACGUGCUAUGAUGCAAGAAGGAAUGACGGAAUUAUUAAACACUUCACGCUCAAAUAAUGAAGGAAAUAAUUCUUCUGAAGCUGCAAAGAAAAUAAUCAUGCUCGAACAGGAGAUAUCAAGCUUAAAAUCUGCUCAUAUGAAUUCACAGAAAGCAACUCAAGAAACUUCCAGUUCACUCGCGGAUGCUAUGAUAAAAAUCUCACAAAUGGAAAGUGCUGCCAUAAAGGCAAGAUCAGAUUCUGCUAGUUUACAACGUAGAUUAAUUGAAGCUUCAGAUGAAAACGCGAAAACAAAAGAUAAAUUACGUGAAAAGGAACAAACAUUGGUAGAAAGAACAAGAGCUCUUGAAGACGCUGAAGUAAAAGUAGGCAUGAUGAGGGAUGUACUUACAGAGAAAGGAAUUUUAGACGAUGGUAGUAACGUUAAUAAAGGAUUAUUUUCAUCAAGUCGAUUUAAAGAAUUGGAAUCAAAAUGUGAAGAACUUGAAAGCAAGCAUAAUCAAGCUGCACGAAAAGUCAAAGAAUCUGAAGAGAAAGCCAAAAUUCUUGAAGGAGAGUUGGAACGUGCCAGUAUCGGAUCAAAAAGCUUAACAUCUGAUAAUGAAGAUAAUGUUAAAUUAGAGACAAAACCUAUUGCAAAUCAAAGGGAGCUCAUUGAAACGAAAAAAAGAUUACAAGAAGUUGAAAAUGAUUAUCAAACUGCCGUACAUUAUGUUAAAGCUCAAGCACGUAAUGAAACAUUAGAAGAAAAAUUAUCUGAAGCCGAAAAUAAUUUUUCAGUAAGUAAAGGAUUGUCCGAUUCUAAAUUACAAGAAUUGACCAAUCAAAAACUUGAAGAACAGAGAUUAGAAUUUGACAAAGAAAAGGUACUAUUACAAGGAAAAGUUGAUGAUUUACGAUCACAGCUUGACCGUGCUUUUGAUGGAAAAAAUAUGGUGGAAGCGGAAUAUGAUGUUUUACGUAAAGAAUACGAAACAUUACGUAAAGAAAACGAGUCUUUGCGUUUGAUCGAUCAGGAACUUCGAGACUUAUUAAAAGAUUCUCAAGAAGCUUUACGGAAUACUCAAAGCGAGUUGGAUGAGACACUUGCGUUAUAUACUAAAGUUAAUAAAGAACUUGAAUAUUCAAUGAAAUCAGGACAAAAAGUACAUAGCGAUAUGAAUUGGGAGGAACAACGUGUCAUAUUAGAGCGGCAAAUUACCGACUAUCGUGCAAUGAAUGAAAGGCUUGAAAAGGAAAACUCAGAUUUAGAACAAAAGUGGAGAGAAUCUGAAAAUAAAAUUACAAUUUUGUUAGAUCAAAUGGAACAUGCUGUUGAUAGUUAUCGUGAAAUUGAAGAUGAUAUAAGAGAUUCAAGUCCGAGAAAUUCCAAUGUGAUUACUUCUCUAACCAAUGAAUUAGAAAUGUUAAAAUCUCAAUUGGACGUGUCGAAUCAAGAUAUUGAUUUAAGUGACGAUGAAUUUAUAAAUGCAAGAUGGAGUCGAUUACCAAAUGAUGAAAAUGAUGAAAAUGAUGAGAGUAGAAUACCAUCGAGAAUUGAUGAAUAUGAUGCAAUGAUGGCCGCUUUAGAUGAAGUUCAGAAAACUGCGGCACAAAGAAAAUUAGGUAACAUGGGUUCUAAUGAUUACGGUUCCUAUAAUAUGACAGGAAAUUUUUUCAAUAAUGACGAUAAUAAUUAUAAUAGGAAUUUGAAUGAUGCAUCAAGAAAUUUUGAUAACUCGAAAAAAAGCCCAACGCGAAUAGUUGAUCAAAUUAGAGGUCAAUUGAAUUUAACACCACCACCUACUCCGCCAAUUUUAUAA